AUGGUACUCACUUAUGUUUUUUUUAAUUGUUUAAUUUCAUUUUUCACAAUACAGCCAUCCAAACAAGCUGUCCCCUCUAACCAGAGCCACAAAACUUGGAACGCAGAACCAAUGGAAGGCACAGAUAGUUGAGUUGUGUUCAGUACGCAGUUGCUUGCUUCAUUUCCAUUUCCACCGCCUCUACUUCCCCAUGAGUUAUCCCCCAAAGUAGAAUUCUCGUAUUGAAGUCCAAAAUGCCAUUUGCUGCAGCAUUAACAGCACCGUUGACACCCCUAAUCUCUUCACAUAAAGUGUGGGCUUCUUCCGGCACAAUCAGGAAAAAUAGCAAUAACCAAAGGCAAAAGUUGGAAAAGAAUGCUCUUAGAAACGUAAUAGAGGUAGUUAAAAAGGACGCCGAUUUCAUUAAAAAAGGAAUUGGUAAGGGGCUGCAAUGGGCUAACAAAACCUUUCGCAUUCCGAAACUCACUAAGUUCCUUGAUGAUAUCAUUUGGCUUCGUCAUGUUGAAGACCCGCGGGCCUCUUCAGUGGCUUCUGAUGCUCCCUCCUGGCCUCAACCUCACUACCUAGAACUAUCUGGCAUAGACUUGUUUGUGGCUGAUCUCGAAGCAUUGGAGACAUAUCUUAAUUAUUUCUACUGCAUAUCAAAGCGAUGGACAAAGUCACUUCCUGAUACAUAUGAUCCAGAACAAGUGUCAGAGUAUUUCAAUUUAAGACCCCAUGUGGUGGCUCUUCGUCUGCUUGAGGUAUUUGUUGCCUUCACUUCUGCGGCAAUCCAAAUUAGAAUAGCUGGACUUCUCCCCACUUUAAAUGAAGAUGUUGAGAUGGAAACAUCAGACUAUAUUCUUGGGAAGGUUCUAAAGGAAAUGAUGCUAAACCUUGGUCCUACUUUUAUCAAGAUUGGUCAGUCUCUCUCAACAAGGCCCGAUUUAAUUGGUUCUGAAAUUACAAAGGCGCUGUCUGAGCUCCAUGAUCGAAUUCCACCUUUCCCCAGGGAUGUGGCCAUGAAGAUCAUCGAGGAAGAUUUGGGUUCUUCUGUUACGACAUAUUUUAGCAACAUCUCUGAAGAACCUGUUGCUGCAGCUUCAUUUGGUCAGGUGUAUAGUGGGAGUACUCUCGAUGGUUCAAGUGUGGCUGUGAAAGUUCAGCGGCCAAACUUGAGACAUGUCGUAGUUCGGGAUGUAUAUAUUCUUCGUGUUGCGCUGGGACUAGCGCAGAAGAUAGCAAAAAGGAAAAAUGAUCUUUGUCUCUAUGCAGACGAGCUUGGAAAAGGGUUGGUUGGGGAGUUAGAUUACACCUGCGAAGCUGAAAAUGCCAUGAAGUUUCAGGAAGUCCAUUCUACAUAUUCCUUUAUCCGUAUUCCAAAAAUUUAUCAAGGUCUAAGUGGCAAGAGAGUUUUGACUAUGGAAUGGCUGGUUGGUGAGAGUCCAACUGAUUUGAUGAUGAUAUCCACAGAGGAUUCUGUUGUUCAUCAAUCAACACAUGGAGAGGGGCGCCAAAGUGAAGCUAAACGACGUCUGCUUGAUCUGGUUAACAAAGGAGUACAGGCAUCAUUGAUUCAACUCCUUGAUACUGGGUUACUACAUGCUGAUCCACACCCUGGAAAUUUAAGAUACACAUCAUCAGCACAAAUAGGGUUUCUUGAUUUUGGCUUGCUUUGUCGGGUGAAAAGGAAGCAUCAGUAUGCUAUGCUUGCAUCCAUUGUGCACAUUGUAAAUGGGGAUUGGGGGUCUCUUGUCGUUGAUCUAACUGAAAUGGAUGUUGUUAAGCCAGGGACUAAUUUACGCCUUGUCACCAUGGAUUUGGCAGAUGCUUUGGGGGAAGUUGAAUUUAAGGGUGAAAUUCCUGAUAUCAAGUUUAGCAGGGUUUUGAGUAAAAUAGUGUCUGUAGCAUUCAAGUAUCAUUUCCGAAUGCCACCAUACUUCAUCCUUCUGCUUCGUUCCCUUGCCUCGUUAGAAGGAUUGGCAGUGGCUGGAGAUCCAAAUUUCAGAACUUUUGAAGCUGCAUUUCCAUAUGUUGUUCGGAAGCUUCUCUCUGAUAAUUCUGUUGCUUCGAGGAAAAUUCUACAUUCGGUGGUAUUAAACAGAAAGAAAGAAUUUCAAUGGCAAAAACUAGCUCUUUUCUUAAGAGUGGCAGCAACUAGGAAAGGGUUUAACACUGUCAUGGUACCAAAUCCUCAAGCAUCUCUUUCUUAUUUGAACUCUAUCAUGGUAUCAAAUGCUCAAGCAUCUCUUGCUUAUUCUUCUGAUGGAGCUGCUGGUGUAUUCGAUGUUGCAAACUUGGUGUUGAGAAUACUACCAUCUGAAGACGGUAUUGUGCUGCGAAGAUUGCUCAUGACGGCAGAUGGUGCUUCAUUAGUUAGAGCAUUUAUUUCCAAGGAGGCAAAAUUCUUCUGUCAACACCUAUGCAAAAUUGUUGCCAAUAUACUGUCCCAGUGGAUAUUUGAAACACUUGGAAGUAAUGUAAUUAGCUCCCAAGUGCAGCUAACUGGUGCGCCCAAUGUAAUGCUAGGAUCGUCUUCUGCGAUAUUCUCACGGGACUAUGAUUGCAAGUCAACCCUCAGAGAUCGCCGGCUUAAACUGAUUCUCUUCAAGGUAUUAGGUUCUGCAAGAAAAAGUCCAACACUGAUGAUGAGGUUUUUCUGCUCUUCAUGUCUGAUUUUUAUCAAAGCAUCGGCUUUGGCUUGUCAUCAGGUUUUGGUUUGUCUCUCUAACGCUUACCUGGACCGUGUAUCACUUGCUCCACGGGAAGUUGUAGUUGGUGCAUAAAGUUUCGGUUGGGCCACAGUCAGUUAAGUUAUUCAAUACCCUCUUUUACAUGUUAGAUCAAGGAGAUUGCAACAAAUCCCAUAUUACAGAAGCCAUGAUACCAAAAUCUAGUAGCAUAGCAAAGUGUCUUUGGUUUACUUGAGCUAAAAGAGAAGUUAGCACUUGCAGCAACUUCAUGUACAUGCUAUCAUUGAAACCGUCGACAGAUAUCAUACUCGCUCGCACUUUGGAAGUUGUAACAGAGGACUACCCUUUGGGUGACGUUAUAGGAAAUUGCAUAGGACAGCUAAUUGUAAUCUCCUUGUGCACGUACAUCCUCAUUCUUAUCCUUACUGGUUCGAAAGAUUUGUACAUCCUCUUGUACUAUAUAAAAAACGAAGGCUUCUUCUAUAAUGUUAGAUUGAGGGUUCUUUUUUGGGAAAAA